AUGGUAGGUGGUAGUGGUUGUCAUGUUGUUGAUGUUAUUGUGGGGGAUAAGAGAGUUGUGGAGGUUGAUGAUGGUAAUUCUUAUAGGAUUGAUUCUGUAACUUGUGAGAGUUCUUUUGUGAAUGAUUGUGAUGAUGUUGGUGGUUUGUUGCGUAGUUUUUAUCCAGAACCAAAGAGAGUUUUGUUGUCUGCUAGUUGGAAGGGGAUUAUACAUAGUGUUGGUCAAGAAUUUGAAGGUGGAGUGUCGGGGUUCCGCAUUGCAUUGGCUAAAUCUUGUAGCAAAAUGGUUGGUUCUAAGCUUGUGUCUGAUAUUGUGCAAAAUGAUAUUAGUGAUAAUCCGUUGACUCGUCCUAUUGAAGUUAAAAAAAAGUUGAAGAAGCAAUAUGGUAUAGAUGUUUCUUAUCGGGUUGCAUGGUUAGGAGUUGAUAAGCUUCGAUGGUACCUUGAGACGGCUUUGAGAACGAAUCCGGGAAGUGUGUUUGAAUUAGAUGUGGAUGAAAGUAGUGGGUGUUUUCGGAGGUUGUUUGUGGCAUUUCAUGGAUGUUUGUAUGGCUUUCAAUUUUGUCGUCCAUUGUUGUUUGUUGAUGGUACAUUUUUGAAGGGGCAUUUGCUUGCAGCAACAUCAAAGGAUGGCAAUCAAGGUUUGUUUCCUUUGGCUUUUGCGAUUGUUGAUGCUGAAAAUCAAGAUAAUUGGAUAUGGUUCUUAAGUCAGUUGUUGAAGGCUGUUGGUUCAAGCCGGAGAUUGACUUUUGUGUCAGACCGUCAACAUGGAUUGCUAGACGCUCUUUCAGUGGUUUUCCCCAAUGCACAUCAUGCUUAUUGCUUGAAUCAUUUGAAAAGAAAUUUGAUUGACAAAUUGGUGGGACUUUGUACUAACUAUAAGCUGUGUUUGAUGAAAAUAUUAGUUAAAUGUGCUUAUGCGCCAACAGUUGCUUCUUUCCAACAUUAUAUGGAGAAAUUGAGGCGGAUUGUUGGGAAUGGUAAAGUUGAUAGUAUGUUGGAUGGUUUGCAAAAUGAUAAGUGGGCCAAUGCAUUUUUUAGAGGGAAACGAUAUGGUGAGAUGUCAUCUAAUGCUGCCGAAUCUUAUAAUAAUUGGAUUGGUGGGGCCCGUGAGUUGCCUAUUACUUGUAUGGUUGAUAUGAUUAGGGUUCAAAUCGUGACUCAAUUGUCGAAUUGA